AUGGGGGCCGGUGGUCCCUCUGGGCGGCCUGGGCCAGCUCCCGAUGGCGGCUGGGGCUGGGCGGUGCUACUUGGCUGCUUCGUGGUGACGGGUUUCUCCUACGCCUUCCCUAAGGCGGUCAGCGUGUACUUCAAGGCUCUCAUGCGGGACUUCGGUGUGGGUUACAGCGACACGGCCUGGAUCUCCUCCAUCAUGCUGGCCAUGCUCUAUGGCACAGGGCCCUUGUCUAGUAUCCUGGUAAAUCAGUUUGGCUGCCGUCCUGUGAUGCUGUGCGGGGGUCUGUUGGCCUCCUCUGGGAUGAUCCUGGCCUCCUUCACCACCAGCCUCGUGGAGCUGUAUCUGACGGCCGGAGUGCUCACAGGCCUGGGCAUGGCCCUCAACUUCCAACCCUCACUCAUCAUGCUGGGCCUGUACUUUGACCGCCGGCGGCCCCUGGCCAACGGACUGGCGGCGGCCGGCAGUCCCGUCUUCCUGUCCGCCCUGUCUCCUCUGGGCCAGGUCCUGCUGGAGCACUUUGGCUGGCGGGGGGGCUUCCUCCUUAUGGGGGGGCUGCUUCUUAACUGCUGCACCUGCGGAGCGGUCAUGAGGCCCCUGAGCGGUGGCCCCGGGGCCCGGGGAGGGGCCGGGCCUGAGGAGGAAGCCAGGGAGAUGCUGCCUCUGGAGCAGGGAAAGAAGACGGCGGUGGGGAGCGUCGGCGGGCAGCAGCGGAGACGGCGGCGGAAGAAGCGGCUGCUGGACUUCUCCGUCUUCACCGACCGGGGCUUCGUGGUGUACACCAUCGCCAAGUUCAUCCUGGUGCUGGGCCUGUUUGUGCCCACCAUCAUGCUGGUCAACUAUGCCAAGGACGCGGGCGUGCCCGACACCGACGCCGCCUUCCUGCUGUCGGUGAUCGGCUUCGUGGACAUAGUGGCCCGGCCGGCCUGCGGGGCGCUGGCCGGGCUGGCCAGGGUCCGGCCCCACGUGACCUAUCUCUUCAGCCUGGCCAUGCUGGCCAACGGGCUCACUGACCUGUGCAGUGCCCGGGCCCGCUCCUAUGGCGCCCUGGUGGGCUUCUGUGUGGCCUUCGGCCUUUCCUACGGCAUGGUGGGCGCCUUGCAGUUCGAGGUGCUCAUGGCCACCGUCGGAGCCCAGCGAUUCCCCAGUGCCAUCGGCCUCGUACUGCUGGUAGAGGCCGUGGCGGUGCUCAUAGGCCCGCCCUCAGCCGGUCGCCUGGUGGACACCCUUAAGAACUACGAAAUCAUCUUCUAUCUGGCCGGUUCUGAGGUGCUACUGUCCGCUCUCUUCCUCUCCACGGCCACCUACUGCUGUCUGAGGAAGCCUCGAGGCCCAGAACUCACCCCGGACCCUCCCACUGGGGCUAAGGACACAGAAGAGGCUGAGUACGACAGUGACCCCAGCCCCGGCGCUGCUGCUACGGCUACCACCCAGCACUCCGAGAACCACGUGGCCCCCGACAUGGGGCAGGCUGAGGAAGAAGAGGAAGAGGAGGGGGAGGAGGAGGGGAAACCUGUCCUGGGAGGCUCUGCAGAGACUCUCAGCAAAGGUGGAUUCUAG